CAGCCGCGAACUCCGAUCUAGUUGGUUGGUUGGUUGGCCGGCCCACGCAGCGAGGCGACGAUGGCCGCUGCAGCGUCCGCCGCCGUGGCAUCCACCGCCCCGCAGCCGCUCCGGCCGCGCGCGGCGGCGGCGGCGGCGGCGACGACGCGCCGGGCGCUCUCCGUGUCCUCGCUCCGCGGGCCACGACUCGUCGUUUCGGCGUCCUCCACUGGCACCACCAGCACCACCACCGAGACGGGGAGCGCGCGGGGUAGCGGCGCCGAGCGGUUCUACUUCAACUUCACCGGGUUCCCCUUCCCGCUCGGGCCCUUCCUCAACCGCCGGACCAUCCGCACCGAGGCGGUGAAGGGGAGGAUAUGGCUGUUUGAGCAGGAGCAGGCGCUGGGGUUCAGCAGCGUCUCCACGAACACCCGCAUGACCGUCAUCAAGCUCAAGUCCGGCGGCCUCUGGGUGCACGCGCCCAUCGCGCCGACCAAGGAGUGCAUCCAGCUUCUCAAGGAGCUCGACGCGCCGGUGGAGCACAUCGUGCUGCCGACCUUCGCCUACGAGCACAAGGUCUUCUUCGGGCCAUUCACCAGAAAAUUCCCCCGGGCGCAGAUAUGGGUGGCGCCCAGGCAGUGGAGCUGGCCAAUCAACCUGCCGCUCGAGUUCUUUGGGAUUUUCCGGGCCAAGCCACUCCAAGACGAGGAUGAGGACACCCCAUGGGCGGGGGAGAUCGAGCAGAAGAUGCUCAGCUCGCCGGAAGUUGGGAUUGGACCUUAUGUUGAGGUGGCCUUCUAUCACAAGCCUUCUCGGACAUUGCUGGUGACGGAUGCUGUAAUUUUUGUUCCUAGGCAGCCGCCUGAGUGUAUCAGCAAAGAGUCAUUGUUGGCAUCUGCCAAGAACGGCUUGGCAGUGAAAAUUUUGAGCAAAGGAAAAGAGGUACCAGAUGAGCCUGUUGUGGACAACAAACUGAACCGUCAGAAAGGAUGGGAACGGAUGGUACUGCAAAUAUUAUUUCUUGGUCCCUCAAAUCUUCUGGAACCAAAUGCAAGCUUUGCCCAAAUGUCACAGAAAUUGAUUGUUUCUCCCAUUGUCAAAACACUUGUUUUUAGCAAAGUUCCUGAGAAGGUUAGAGACUGGGUCGACAGGAUUGCUGCAGACUGGCCAUUCAGGAGGAUAAUCCCGGCUCACUUCGCAGCUCCAAUUAACGCAAGCCGAUCCGACUUCUUGGCUGCCUUUGCUUUCCUUGAUGAGUUCCUUCCCGAGCGCUCUCCGGCAUCACCUGGCCUGUCUCUCCUCUUUGCCUCUCUCAUGGGCAAGGCAGCCAGCUAUUUCCCCCCUGAUGACAUGAAGACCCUCUCAUCCCUGGACGAGUUCUUGGUUUCAGUUGGUGCUGUCAAGAAGACAGUUUCAGGCAGGAAGCGAUGAUACAGAUAGAAACUGGCAUAUGCAUUGUUCAUAGUUUUGUGUUGAGAAGAGCUAGUUACUGUUGUACAUGGUUAACACCGUUAAACCGCAUGUAGGUAGCCUUUAUUCAGGAUUAUAUUGUAUAUAUGAUAUAUCUUGCUGCAGUUUAUAAAAAGAGGCCAAAAUUUACCACUCAGCUGAAGCUCUGACGAUUCUCUAUUAAGAAUAUUUCUGUUGCCCGGGCUAGCAGAGGGACAUUCUUGCUUGUCUUUUAAAUGGAG